UCAAGUGUAAACUUUCAAUUUGAAUACAGCAACUACAACUAUGGGCCAUGUGGAAGAGCCAUCGGAGUUGACCUCCUAAACAAUCCUGAUUCAGUUGCUACAGACCCAGUCAUCUCAUUCAUGUCAGCUAUCUGGUUCUGGAUGACCCCUCAAUCACCAAAGCCGUCUUGCCACGAUGUCAUCACCGGAAGAUGGAACCCAUCCGACGCUGACCGAGCAGCCAAUCGCCUCCCUGGAUUCGGUGUUAUCACAAACAUCAUCAAUGGUGGCUUAGAAUGUGGUCGUGGCACUGACAGUAGGGUCCAGAAUAGGAUUGGAUUUUACAGGAGGUAUUGUGAAAUUCUUGGAGUUAGUCCUGGUGACAAUCUUGAUUGCGGCAACCAGAGAUCUUUUGGCAACGGACUCUUAGUCGAUUCUAUGUAAUUUCAUCAUCUGUUUUGUUGUCUUCUCUUGCAAUGCGGGGUCCAGCUAUAAAUAAAGUUAAUUAUGUGACUGUCUGAAUUGUGAUUGUAAUUUGAUGGGACCACGACUAGUCGUUUUCAAUAAUAAACAAAGACUUUGUCCACGAUAGUGAUAUAUAUUAUGGUGACGGGUGU